AUGGCUCCGGCUAUUAGACAGAUGCAUAGAGGAAUGCAUCGUCUAAUGACGAGCGAGCGGUUGCAUGCAGAAGCAUGCAGACGAAUGCGCACCAAAAAACCUUUGUAUGAGCCUGCAGGAACCUGCAACAACCUCGUAACUCCACCAGCAGUGCUCCACAAUCUAGCUGGAUUGGGGCAGGGUUCGCCUAUGGACCAAUCGGAGGACACAGAAGCAGCGCAGCUGCCUGCGGUAAUAGAGGAGUGCACCAUCUAA